UUGGAUGAGGGACCAAAACAAAAUAUGUGCGGUGUGCUUUUUAUUUAAGACCGGCUUUAUAAGUGUGUUUUACAGUUAUAUAUACUUACAAUUUUAGUUAGCUGUUUGUUCCGCUGCUUAACGUUCAGUCGACAACACGCAAGGUUAUUAAAACACGACAGUAGCGUCAGUUUGUUGUUGUUUAUAGGACAUACAGUGAGAUAUUUAUAGAUCUGAUUUGACAGAAUGGACAGACCUUCCAGAAGUAAGAAGACUGUCAACUAUUCAGAUUUCCAAGACGAUGAUGAUGAGGAUUUUGCCUGUGUGAAACCUCCUCCCAAAAAAGCUCGAACAGAUCCUGAUUCUGAGAAAUCAAGCAAGACCACAAGUACACCUGCAAAUGGGGAUGUUGAUCUCGCCAGCUCUGAAAGCAGAAAGAGGGUGUCUCUGGAUGCUAAACGUUAUGAAAGAGAUUUAGAGGAAGCCCUAACACUGUCAUUGCUAGAAACUUCAAAAAUACAAGACGGAGAGCCUACAACCAAAUCAGAUGGACAUUCUGCUGAUAAUGAUGGUGGAUCUCGGCCUCCACAAUGUGCACCACCUGUUUUAAUACACUGCAGUGCUGAUGUUAUACAUCCAGCAGGUGAUGACCAGCCUCGUCCAGAAUCUCCACCUGUGCUGUUAAACUGUAGCAUUGAUGGCAGAAGUUUAGGACUGAAUAUAAUCAGCUUGGACUCGUCCCCUCCCAAGCCUUCUAAACGGACAGAAUCCUCAGAAAAGCGGAGAAAAUCACAGAAAGAGAAGAACGACAAACACGAUGAUGACUACCAGCCGCAAAACACACCAGAUUCAGAAAGUGAUGCUGAUUUCACUGAGGAAGAUGAGAACGAUGAGGAUGAAACUUUCACUGUAAAGAAGAAAAAGGACAAAGGGGUGAAGCAAAAGACUGAAAAAAAGGCCACGCCGGCUGUGAAGGAAAAGAAAGAGAAAAAGCCGACUAAAGCCGUGAAAGCUAAAAGCGCAGCUCCCAGUCCAUCAGUCUGUCGGAGUCCAGCCACUCCUGUGUCUGUAUCGAAGAAAACGCCCUCAACUCCACCGAUCUCCAAACCUGCGGUCUGCUCCAGUCCUGCAGGGGGCAGACUGCCAAAGUGGAAUCCUCCAGGUAUGGUUGGCCGGAGUCCCGGUGGAUCUCAGAAUGGGUCCUUAAAGUCUCCAGGACAGGGGCUGCGUUUAGGACUGUCCCGUCUGGCUCGAGUCAAACCCCUUCAUCCUAAUGUUGCUGCAAACUAAACAGACUUGUUUUAAAGAAAAAAUAUAAGUCCAGCAGAGGUUUCACCGGUAAGAGAAAAUCAGAAGUCUUAAGAGAGAAAAGACUAAGUUGGAUAUUUUUAUGCUGAAGUUUGUUCAUAAUUUAAAACCUUUCAUCCCACAUUUACAAUGACACUCAGGGAAUGAAUGACUUUUGUUGUGGUUUUAGUAUUUUU